AUGACUGAUGCGGUCGUCCACGGCUUGAAUGGACCUUGCGGAAGCGACUGGAAGGAACCUGAAACUGAAGGAAAGCCACUACGAAAGGUGCGCUUAACUCGCUUUGGUGGAGGUGAGGAACCACCGCUAGAAGAAGAAGAAGACGUAACGUCGACUUCACCCGAAGUGGCGGCGCGGGUCGAAGAAAUUUGGGGUGCUGUGGGAGUAAUGGAGAGAUUCUCCAUAGACGCAGUUAAGACGUACUGA